GUUCUUCCGUGAGGACUUUGUUUGAGCAUGACCAGGCAUCACAGGAUCGUCGUGCGCUUGUUUGGAUCCCUGUCCACUUUGCCCGCCGCUCCUGUGGUGCCCAAAGGAAAGAAGAUGAAACGAAGGAAUGCUGCGGAAGAACAAGCCAGGAAGAAAGCACCUGAUUCGAAAGCAAACAAAAGAAAGGAGCUGGAGAAGAAGGAGAUCUCCAAAGUUGCAAAGCCCAGCCAGGAGAAGAAGGAGAUCUCCAAAGUUGCAAAACCCAGCAGCACUUCCCGACGACCAGGCAAGGAUGAUCUCAAGCAACUCAACAUGACUCUGGAGCAAUACCAGCAUCGAAUGUCCACCUUGAGAGACUGCGCAAGCAAGGGAGAUCUGGAGGGAGGAAGCCAGCUCCACCAGCAAGAACUCUCAGAACCAGGGACACCGAGCAGGCCUAUGCCGUGUUUGAGAGAAUGGAGAGGAAGGACGUGAUCGCCUGGAACUUCAUGCUGGGAGCUCUGGUGCUGCGCUCCAAGGACAAGCUCCUCCCUCACGGCUUCCAAAGAGUGGAGUUUGGACUCGAGACUCUUCGACUCUUCCGGAGGAUGCUGCUCCAGGGCCAAGAACCAAACGCCGUCACCUUCACUCACGCGGUGAAUGCCUGUGCCAGCGUCGCGGCUCUCAGCCUCCAGAAGAGGAGUGUCAAAGCCGGGCGGCUUCUCCACGAGCUGGCCGCGUCUCGGGGCUACGCCACCCGCGAUACCAUCCUGGGGAACGCUCUCAUCGCCAUGUACUACGCCUUCGACCAGCUCGACGCGGCCGCCAGAGUCUUCCACGCCAUGGCCUGCAAGAGCAGCGUGACUUGGACGCAGCUCAUCGUCGCGCUCACUCGAAGUGGAGCUCCGGUGGAAGGAGUGGUGCUCCACCGGAUGAUGCAGCUCGAGGGCGGCGUCCAGGAUCGAGCGAGCUUGGUGGCUGCUCUCGACGCUUGCGCAAACUCGGCGGAGCUGCUCUACGGGAGUGUGAUCCACCAGCAGGUCCUGUUGGCGGGGCUGGAGUCGGAUGUUUGUGCCGGGACCGCGGUGGUUCACAUGUACGCGAUGUGCAACCGGAUGGAGACGGCCACCCGGCUCUUCGAGAGGAUCCCCGCCAAGAACGCCUACACUUGGAACUCGAUCAUCACGGCCUACGCCAGGCGCGGUGACUCGUACGAGGCCCUCCACUUCUUCGAGCGGAUGGUGCAAGACGGGACCUCGCCCGACAAGUUUACGAUCGUGGCAGCCAUCGACGCUUGCGCCGGUCUCGUGGCUCUCGAGUAUGGAUCCCGGGUGCUCGAGCUCGCGAAGUCGGCAAUCCAAGUCAAGGACGUUCUGGAGCUGGCGCUCGCCAACUUCUACGGCAAGUGCAUGCUCUUGGAGGUUGCCAGGGACAAGAUUGAGGGGAUGGCGUACAAGACAACGACGAGGUACACGACGCUCAUCUCGGCAUUUGCCGAUCACGGCUUUGUCACUGGAGCUGCGGAGCUGUAUCACAGCUUGAACUUGGAAGGAUUGCUACCUCAUGCUGAGACCUUCACCGCGCUCCUCGCGGGCUCAAGCCACAAAGGGAGGCUCGGAGAGUGCCGGAGCUUGUACCACUCGAUGAUCACCGACUUUAACAUCCGGCCUCGAGUGGAGCACCUGAGAAUGGUGAUGCAGCUGCUGGGACGGCAAGGCCGAGUCGCCAAGGUGGAGGAUCUCGUCAAUCACUCGCCGUUUCAUCCAGGGCGGCUCGACUGGCUGAGCUUGCUGACGGCUAGCGAAGUUCACAAGGAUCUCCCGCGAGCAAGGAGAGCGGCGAGGGAGAUGCUCAAGCUGGAUAGCAAGGACCACCUCCCCUACGAGAUCCUUGCAAACAUGUACGUGGAGGAUGGGAUGCGUGCCAAGGCCGAGGAGAUGAUCGCCAAGAUGAGGCGGUACAAGCAGCGGCAGUCGAGCUUCAUCGAGAUCCACGGCAAAGUUUACAGGUUUCUCGAAGGCCAUUCGAGGAAGAACCACACCAUGUCUCGCAAGCUCGAGAGGUUCCUGGAGCGAAUGCGGUUGAGGAUGACGAGCGUUGGCUACAUUUUCAAGGCUAGCAGCGAGGGAUUGAUCAGAGGGAAGGUGGAAGCCGAGAGACACCACAGCGAGAGGCUGGCUGUGGCGUUUGGUGUGAUCAAACUACCUCGGGACGCGAUGAUGCGCAUUUGUAGCAAGCACCGGAUGUGUGCUGACUGCCAUGCCGUGAUCAAGUACGUGUCCAUGCUGUUCCAGCGCAAGAUCAGUGUGAGAGAUGGGAGCAGGGCUCAUCUCUUUGAAGAUGGCCUGUGCUCGUGCAGAGACUACUGGUAGCAGGGCACGAUUUAAAGAGCACAGUGUAGGGACUCUCAAUUUGACAGGCAUAAGCUAAUCCAAGUCCUUUGCGGUAUUUUGCAGGAAGUUCACUGUAAGAGCUCCUGCUUGUGGCUCGACCUCGUUCCCUGCGAAAUCAUUCAAGAUGGUCAUUCUGCAGUA